AUGUUGCUUGCAUUUAUCAACAAGGCUUUAUCAUUUUUACUAGUGGCAGGUGCUACGUUGUGCCUUUUGUUUGUCGUGUUUUCGGGUUCAGUCAGCAAUUUCCCGUUCAACGAGUUUUAUUGGCUUCAGGUUGAUACAUCCACAAUUCACGAUGCUGGUGGCGAUGUCACAAGAUGGACAUUCUGGGGAUUGUGUCAUCCAACUGCUUAUGAAUCCUCGAAAAACGGGAACUGUACAUCUCAGGGACCAGACUCGCCUUUAUCUCCAUUGGAUAAUUUUGGAAACAGUACAAGCUUACCACAAGACUUUGUUGUGAACAGGGAUACGUACUACUAUCUUUCAAGGUUUGCCUUUCCUUUCCUUCUAAUUGCACUUAUAUUUUCAGGAGUUUCUUUUAUUUGUUAUAUCUUUUCCCCAUGCUGGAAAUCUAUGAGACGGGUUACAACGUUUUUCGUUACUUUUGCCAUGAUUUUUGUUCUCGCAGGUUCUGCAUGUCAAACUGCAGUUUCUGUUCUUGCAAGACAAAAGUUUUCUGACUCUGGGAGAUCGGCAAAGAUUGGUCCUACCAUGAUGGGAUUAUGCUGGGCUGCAGUUGCAUGCCUUCUUAUAGUGUUCUUCCUUACCUGUUGUGGAGCACUUCGUAAAGCAUACGUGAUUCAUAGAGAUACCAUUGCAAAUCAGAGGGCCAUGGAAUUGAAUCAGCAGCAGCAAAUGCAGCCCGGACCAGAAGAUGACCUUGAAUCUCUUCCACAGACGGCUGCCCAGCAAUCACAGAUUAAUGUUCCAUUAAGUGCAGAGCAAUCUCAAAAAGUUGUCUCCGCAAGUGAUACAGGAAACGAAUUCACACAGGGUGCACUUCCAUCAAACGAGGGUGGAAUUAGGUUCUUUAAAAUCAAAAGAAACAGAAGAAAUACAGAUGAGGAAUCACUUUGA